GAGACCGAGGCUGAUGUCAACCCCGCUGCGCCCAGGAUGUGGCUUCGUCUGUUAAACCGUGAUGUGCACACGCUGACUGAAUGAAUGGAUGAAUGGAUGAACAGAUAAUUGGAUGAAUGGCACAAGCACCGAGCCGGAGACGCGUUUUUGGCCUGGGACUCUUUAGACUUUGGAGACGCGCACAGGGAGAGCAUGGAUGUUGGCCAGUGAACUGCAGAGCCUGAGCAGUGAAGAUGCAGCACACCUCGUGUACAGAGGACAGAAUCCAGCACGCCCUUGACCGGUGUCUGGACGGGCUGAGACGGAGUCCCACAGCGGCACACCACUGGAACGUGCUGAUGUGCUCAGCGGGUCAGUCCAUGAACCGCUGGAGCCUUGAAGAGUUGGUGAAAAGAGACCCCGAGAAUUUCCUCAUCCUCUUACAGCAAAUCAUCACAAAGACCAAAGAGGUUCAGGAGCAGUGUCAGUAUGAGCUGGUGGCUCCCCUCGCGAUCAUGUUCUCCUCCACUCUGCUCCAGACACCUUUCUGUCCUCCAGACACUGAGCUGCUGCAGGAGGCCAUCGAGGUGUUCCGCUGCUUCCUCACCUGGCCGGAGCCGUACUGCAGUGUGUGUAAAAACCUGCUGUCCACACUACAGCAGGAGCUCAAAGCGCCAGGGAUUUCCUUUCAGAGACUGGUGAGAGAGGAGCAAGGCCUCAGCACCUCCAGCCACAGCUCCAAGAUCAUGACUGUGCUACUGAUGAACCCGGGUGAGGUGCCCGCCGACUUUCUCUCCGUGGCCGAGCAGCUCAGUCAAAUAAAGCACUCGCAGCAAGAAACGUACAUCACACUGAUCAAACACGCCUUCCAGUCCACACUCGGAACCAAGUACCCUCAACAAAGUAUCCACAGAGCCCUGCAGGAAAAACCUGUGGAUGAAUUGGGUGAGAUCUUUUCUGUGGUAAGCGACAUCUUGGAGACGGCCGCUGCCAUGGCCGACCUUCUGAAGGGACGCGACCAUGUGAUCCAGGGACUGGAAGAACUGAGGGAGAGAAUCAGAGUCCCAGCAUCCAGCGGGAGGAAGUGUGACGGGAUGCUACAGACGCUUCCACUGCCCACAGCCAAGUGUUACAUGAUUCACUGGGAGAAAGACAACUUUGAUGAUCUGAACACGCUCUUGGAGCACGGCCCUGACGAUCUCAGCGCUAACAGGCAGGCUGAGGAAGAAGAAGAGGAGUUAGACAUUGAUGAUGAUGAUGAGAGGGAUGGGACAGAGUUGGAUGAGGAAGACGAGGGGGAGGAGGAUGAGGAUGAAGAAGACAAAGAAGAGGAGGAAGUAGAUUUGCCUUCCAUGACUAUCAUCCCUAACUGCUACAAUAUUAACCACCGUGCCUCCACCUUCUCCACCAUCUCGUCCCUGUCCACCGCUUCCAAAGACUCCAUGUUCUCCACCUUGUCUGUGACCUCGGAGUCCUACGCUCAGUCGCUCUUCUCCGUCGCCUCCGGAGCGGACAGUGACUACGUCGACGAUUUUGAGGACUAUAUCUGCUCGUACCCUGUCGUGGAGAAAUGUUCGCCAAAGUCGAGUAAAACCUUGCCUCGGCUCAGCCAGCACCUGCACCGGUUCUUCUCCAAGAGCCCUCGCUCACUGUGCCGUGCGAAAAGCUUGGGAAACCGAGAAUCUAAAGAACUUCUGGUGGUGCGAGAGAAACGCUCCAACUCUUUGCCGCAGCAAGUCAAGUUAAGCUGCCUUGAACCGCUGCUCCAGCCCCAGAGUCAAACUCUCAGACAUGUGUGCUUCAGACGGAGGCCUAUUCUGAGCAGUGACGAGGAGAGUAAGAAUAUCACGCUGAGGGUGGUUGUGUUUGGUGCCGAUCAUGUGGCCGGGAAGGUGGCCCGGGCCUAUGAUAGCCUGAGGAGGAAGGAGAGCGCGUGUCCACGUCUCAGCAGGGUCUUCAAUCUUCAGUUCUACUUUGUGCCGGUGAAGAGGGACUCGGCUGGAGGUCACCUGGGGUCACCUAUACCUGUGCCUCAAAGUGGAACGCCAAAAGGAGCGGCCCUUUCUAAUCAGGGUCUUCACCUCUCGAGCACAGGGGACAGUACCAAUGACAUUGCCCAUCUCCUUGGUAUGUUGGACCCUUGGUACGAACGAAACACCCUCAGCCUGCUCAACCUGCCGACCAACGUUGUCUGCCAGCAAACCUCAAAGACAGAGUCCGAGUCCUACGAUGGUUCGUAUGAGCAGCGUCUUCCCAUCAUGGCCGACCUGCUGCUGUACUACUGCCGCUACGCUACCCGGCCAGCACUGAUCCAACUCUAUCAGGCUGAGUUGACGUUAGCCAGUGGUGAGAGGAGGACGGAAGUGUUCAUCCACUCCCUAGAGUUGGGUCACACUGCAGGAACACGAGCCAUAAAAGCCAUGGGUGCUGCCAGUAAACGGUUUGGUAUUGACGGUGACCGAGAGGCAGUGCCUCUGAUGUUGGAGUUGGUUUACAACAGGGUGGUUAUCAGUGGGAGAAGCCAGUGGAAAAGAGAAUCAAAAGUCUGUACUUCAGUGAACUUGACCAAAGCGUGCAAGAACCCUGAGGAACUAGAUUCAAAGAUGGAGUGCCUGCAGCUCAUGAUGACUGAGGUUGUGAAGAGGCAGAACUGCAAAAGCAAGAAGGGCUACAACCAGCAGCUGAAUUUGACAGAGGUGAAGGUGGAUAAGGUGCAGGUGAGCGGAGCUGGAAACACAACCUUUGCUGUGUGUCUGGACCAGGAUGAGAAGAAGAUACUACAGACUGUCACCAGGUGUGAUAUAUCAGUGUGCUAUAAACCCGACAGUUUCACCGACUGGAGACUAAGAAAAUCCAGGACUUCCGCCCAAAUCCAGCCCCUGCACCCGACCUUCUGCUCCCUCCUCUGCCUGCCCAUUGUCACGUUCAGCGGGGCCCUUCCCUGAGGCUGGGGACCUCUGGUUUUGGUGGGAUAUGGACACAGAGUGCAGAGGAGCAGUGCACAGAAGGUCAUGACUUUAUCUUUUCUGCCUGGUAGAAACACAUGGACGUGAGCAGAAGGGGUAUAGCUUGAAACCUGCAGACCAGGCCGAUGUGUUCAUACAAACUCAUAUGGGCUACUCCGGAUACAGCAGUUCAAAUGAUGAUGAGUUCAAAUUUGUAUGUGCCGAUCAAUCAUUGACUAUUGUUCAGGAAACUGUUCAAGCUUCCGUCUUUGGGUUUCAGUUCCUCUUUUCCUUUUUUAAGAGAAGUGGCUUUACCCAGUAACAUGAGAAUUGAGUUUGGUCAAACAGGGUGAAUGAACAAAGUCUUGGGUGAGAGGACAAACAUGUUCUACUGAGAGAUGGACUGUGAAAAUGAAGAGAUCAUCUUUGAGUCAAAGCAAAAUAACUUUUCUCUAGAUCUACCUGCAUGGACAGGGAGGAUCAUGGGAAAACUUUUACACCUGCAGAGAAGACUGUACCAUGUAACUAUCAGUCUGUGUGACUAUAUAUGAGAAUGGACACUAUGAAUCUAAACAAUGAUCAAGUUUUGUAAAAUAUUGAAUUACACAGCAUAUUUUUUUUAAUGUUUGUUGUAGCUGUACUUAACAUUUCUCCUAAGGAGUAACAUCGAUAUGACUGUCUUAACUGGAGUUAUAAAUACAACCAGCAGGGGGCUCUGUUGACAUUCCCUUCGAUUUCACAUGUUGUACACAUGAAUCCAGAGUUGGUGACUUUAAAUAAAGUUUAACUUUGUAAAGUUAGUGUCUAAACCAUGUUUUAUAAAUAGUGUUCACCUCAUGAGGGGAUACGGAUGGAAAAUAUAUAUUUCCAAACCAAAAUGCACGUUUUAAUUUUUUAAGAAAAUACUUUUUCUUGUCAUGACAUGUCUUGAGACAGUUUUGUUGCUGUAAAGGGAUAAUAACUGGAUCACCUGACUCAACGUGAAAUAGUUGCACUGGAUCGACGUUUCUUUUAUGGAAUCAAAGCACUUGAACAUUAGAUGAAAUGAAUUAGGUACUUUAAUGCUGUUCUCUACUCUCCUUACACGCCUUCUCUGACGGAAUACUCCAAAUGCAAUAUUGUUUUUUAUGAAUAUA